ACUUGUCUGAAACUUCCUCCCAGUUCUAAACUAAACACAUCCAUCAUGAGUUCCUCAGAUUAAUCAUCGUCUGGAGGAGAAGAAGAGAUAGAAGAGUUGAAUCUGUUUAACUAUCACCGGUUGGCUUUAAUCGAGCGGAUGCUUGAGGAAGCUUCAUCCUCACGUCGUUGUUCAACAAGUCGCACCUGCAUUGAUCGUGAAAGGGUCUCAGGUCAUGACCGUCUCAUGCAGGAUUAGUUCAAUCCAAAUCCAACAAACGAUGCCCUCAUAUUCAGAAGGCGUUUUCGUAUGCAACUACGACUAUUCAAUUGCAUAAUGGGUGUCAUUGUGAGGUAUGAUCCCUCUUUUGCACGAAGGAGUGAUGUCGUUGGUCACCUAGGCCUAUCGCCGGAGCAAAAGCUUACUAGUGCACUGCGCAUGCUAGCUUAUGGCUCUUUAGCUGAUCAACUUGAUGACUACAUGCGUAUGGGUCAGAACAUUGUGCUGGAAUUUUUCAGGAAGUUUUGCAGAGCCAUUGUCGGGAUGUACUCAUUGACAUACCUCCGUGCACCAACUCCUGCUGAUGUAAGGAUUCAACGUGGAUUCCCUGGUAUGAUUGGAUCAAUUUAUUGCAUGCACUGGGAGUGGAGGAACUGUCCUACUUCUCAGACUGGGUAGUACCUGGGGCACAACCGUAAACCAACAAUCAUUCUCGAGGCAGUGGCUUCAUACAACACCUGGAUAUGGCAUGCUUUCUUCGGCCCGCCUGGGUCGAAUAACGACAUCAAUGUUUU